CGGCGUUCUUUUGUUUGUUUAUUUAGUCACAAAGCAUCCGCAUUCAGAGCAUGUUUUCAGUCAAACUCUGAAGAUUCCGAUUAGGCCUAGUCUAUUUAACAAGUGUCGACUCCGCCUUUGCCACACCUCACCGCAACACCCCUCCAGCUAUUUAUUCCGCUUAAUCUUGCAUUGCAUAAAGCUUACCAAUUUAGAUAACUCAGCAACGCCAUCAGUUCCAACCAGCACGGACAAUGACGACUGUGCGAUUUGGGACAAGCUGCGGACCAUACAAAAGGAUCACCUUCAGAGAAGCAAACCCGCACUGGGAGGAUGAUGGCGUUCUAGACGACGCAGACCAAGACAAACCUGUGCAAUGCCCCUUCGAUACGAACCACAUAAUUCGCACCUGUCGGUUUGCAUACCACAUCCAGAAAUGUGAAAAGAAUAACCCGGAGUUGGCUGCAGCGAUGGUGACUUGCCCCUAUAAUGCACAACAUCGAAUGCUGAGCUAUGAGAUGGACCAGCACGUAAAAAAAUGUAUAAACCGACAAAGAGUGGCGGAAGAGUUCGAAGUGAAAGUUCUACCGAAAUUUCAAGUCCCUGUCAACACAUUUUCUGCACCCCAAAGUGAGGAAGACUGGGAGACAGAGUCAGACAACACUACUGACACAUUCAUCUGGGGUGUGUCCACUCACAACUUGGCUCCUCAGAAUGGGUGUGCAGGGCCCAAGCUAACACCUACUAGGGCAGGUCCUGCACUACGUCUCCCAUCAACCCUUCCUUGGAAAAUGUGACUUCCCUUUGUCACCUGCAGGAACCCAUCAACUCAACAAAUUUUAAAUCGACAUGCAUGUGGACAGGGAUUGUAUGCACACUAAAACAAAUCACCCCCUAAACAUUUUUCCAUGUUGUAGGUUAUUCACAAAGAGGGCUCUUUUGCUGCAGGUGCAUGGUGUAUAGAUUGUCUGCACAUUUUUAGAUACGUUUUAGACCAGAUUUUAGAGAAUUAACUUUUUUUUAAAUAAACAACUUUUAACUACUCUUAA